CUCUUGAGCGUUCCUAAAUUUGCGUUCUUAAAAUAUCAAAUUUUUGUCUCGCUGAAUUUUGCGUUUUUUUCAUACUUGAGCGUUGCAUUUCGAAUACCUUCGAUUCGCGUUAUGAUUGUUAUCGAAAUUAACUCCGAAUGAGGAAUUUUGUUGAUCUCCUUUUAAAUUUAUUGUUAAAAUUCAGAGUUGAAAACGCGCCUUAACUCUUGGCGCUAUAUUUAGUGGCUAUAGUCAGGUAUGAGACGUGUACGGUGCAGCGGCUAAUGAUACAAAAGCUAUUUUGUUGUAAACAUCGCUUUCAGCGCGCCUGCAAAGUCGGCUCCGGCUGCAAGUCUGCAAGCCUACAACGCCGCAACGACAGUCGAGUACUUCUUGGCAACUCAAUAAUCAAACGGUGGUCUAUUGGUUUUCGUCAAUAUUUCCAAUUUAAUUGUGGGUCAACAGUGUAUUAGUCGUAUUCUGUAUUCUGUAAGUGCAUAUACACUGGCGUCUCGUGUCUGAUAACACCAGUUUUUUCCUACUAAAUUGGAUUGAAAUAAAUUCGAGAAUGGCCAGCAGUGAGGAUAACAAGAGUGAAGCUUCUGUGAAUAUGGAGAAUGAAAAUGAUAAUGCCGAAACAGAGGACACUGAGAAAAUUAUGAUCAUUGAUCCAGAAACUGAAGAACUGGACUUUAACCAUUCCCGCUUGACUAAACUGGAAAAUUUGGAACCAUUGACUAAGAUAAAGAAGCUGUGCUUUACUUGGAAUUUGAUUAAAAAGAUUGAAAACUUGGAUACCCUGCAAACUCUGGUAGAACUGGAACUGCGUGACAACCAAAUCACUGUGAUUGAAAAUUUGGAUGCGCUUAAAAAUUUACAAUCACUGGAUUUAUCAUUCAACCGCAUUAAGAAGAUAGAGAAUUUAGAUAAUUUAGUUAGUUUACAAAAAUUGUUCAUAUCUUCUAAUAGAAUAACAAAAAUUGAGAAUGUAGCUCAUUUGAAAAAUCUCACAAUGUUGGAGCUCGGAGACAAUAAAAUUCGGGAAAUAGAAAAUUUGGAUGGUUUAGAUAAUCUAACUAGCUUAUUUUUGGGCAAGAACAAAAUAUCCAAAAUUCGAAAUCUGGAAAAUUUGAAAAAUCUUACAUUGCUGAUUCUCCAGUGUAAUAGAAUUGUGUGCAUUGAAAAUUUGACAGAGCUUGUCAAAUUGGAACAGCUGUACUUGUCAGAAAAUGGAUUGACACAAAUUGAGGGCUUGGAAAACUGCACUAAAAUAUCAACUCUUGAUCUGGCACAGAAUAAGAUAAAAAAGAUUUCCAACAUACAACAUCUCACAGAAUUGGAAGAGUUUUGGAUCAACAACAAUGAGAUUGAAGAUUGGAGCACAAUUGAUAUCUUGACUUCCAACAAAAAACUAGCCACUAUUUACCUUGAGCACAACCCAAUAGCAAAAGAUGCAAAUUAUCGAAGGAAAAUCAAACUGGCUUUGCCAUGGCUGACACAAUUGGAUGCCACCCUUUGCAGAUGAAAAAGUCAAACAAAAUACAAUCAAAAUACUUGAAUUGGUUGAAGUAGAUAGGACAGACCUCAUUUAUUAUCAACUGAUUAAAUGAAUUAAAAAAUUCCUAUUUCAACUUUUAGUAUUUUUGUAACUAAUGGAUCAUUGCAUAAUGAGAGAUCCUGAAGUAAACCUGCAAUAUGCUUAUAUCACUAUAACAAAGUUGAAUUGAACUAAGACUGUAAAAAUACUUAUAUUUUUUACCUUAUCAAAUCAAACUGCUUGUUUGAUUAUUAUGCGUAUAUAUAUAUAUGAACAUGUUCAUAUAUAACAUAUAUAUAUAUAUAUAUAUAUGAUAUAUAUGAACAUAUUACUCUGGGUACAACUCGGUGUGUAACAUAAAUGUGCAUUUAAUGCUAACUAAUAAAUAAUCAAGUUUCAAGUUAUAUUUAAAAUAAUUGAAACAAAAAAUCGACGAACAAAUUAUAUGAUAAAUCUAAUGAAAGUUAUCAAAUGAUUAACAUAAAAUCGCUAAACUAAAACUUAUCCUAAAUAUAUCAAUCCAUUAUA